CGCCAAGUGGGGAAGUUCACUCGGGGAGAAGGAGUUCGAGCUCUGCACUCUGUACAUGCGCUUGUUUCCGGGCUCCUCCGGGAUGUCGGCGCCAGAAGGCCGCCUCUAGGGGUCGCUGGUGCGGCGAAUAAAGGCCGCCUCUCGGGAACAAGAGAGCGAGAGAGGGAGGUGGGCGGGCUGAGGAGAAGGCGAGGAAGGUGGCGGCGGGGCUGAGGCCGAGAGACGCAAACAACUUUUUCGCAGCGAGUUGCAGGCACCGGCCCGUCGUGCAUGAACUGUAACCUGACACUGGAGCGAAGAGAAAGGGAGCGAAGCAGCGGAGGAGGAGGAGAAGGAGAAGAAGAAGAAGCGGAGAAGAGGAAGCCCCGCCAAGGAGCCUCCGAGGGGGAUGGUGGUUGCCGCCUCCGGCUCCUCCAGCCGCUCCUAGGGGCGUCCGGCACCCGGGCGAAGCCGGCAAUGGGCAGGAGGGAAGCCGCCUGAGCCUCCGGCGAACUUUCCCCCACCUUCACGCCGGGCAGUCGGAGCGGAGCAGGCGGAUGGAGGAUGCGCUCUGCCCGGCGGGCUGUCUGAGCAGGAGGCGGCGGCGAAGGAAGCGACGGGGGCGCCGACGACGACGAUGAAGAAGCUGCUGCUUGCGCCACCGCUGCCUCUGCCUCUGCCGCCGCCGCGCUACAGCGCGGGUUUCCCGGAGCCCCGUCCUCAUGUGGCCCCGCCGCCCGCCGCGGGGGCUCCCGGGCAGGGAGCGGGCUGGCGGCGGCGGAGGCCCCUCUCGCUGCUGCCCUUCCUCUCCCUGCGCGACUACGGCUUCUGCAUGGCCGCCUUGCUGCUCUUCUGCCUGGGCUCCCUCUUCUACCAGCUCAACGGGGGCGCCCCUCGCUUUCUGCUGGACCUGAGGCACUAUCUGGGAAAUUCCACUUACUUGGAUGACCAUGGGCCACCCCCUCGUAAGGUACUUCCAUUCCCUAGCCAAGUGGUGUAUAACAGGGUUGGAAAGUGUGGGAGUCGAACUGUGGUUUUGCUGUUGCGAAUUCUGUCUGAGAGACACGGGUUCAACUUGGUUACAUCAGAUAUUCAUAAUAAAACCAGGCUAACCAAGAAUGAACAGAUGGAAUUGAUUAAAAAUAUAAGCACUGCCGAACAGCCCUAUUUAUUCACUAGACAUGUUCACUUCCUCAAUUUCUCAAGGUUUGGAGGAGACCAACCAGUAUACAUCAAUAUUAUUAGAGAUCCCAUCAACCGUUUUUUAUCCAACUACUUUUUCCGCCGCUUUGGAGAUUGGAGAGGGGAGCAGAACCACAUGAUCCGCACCCCAAGCAUGAGACAAGAAGAGAGAUACUUAGAUAUUAACGUAUGCAUUCUUGAGAACUACCCUGAAUGUUCCAAUCCCAGGUUAUUUUAUAUUAUUCCAUAUUUUUGUGGACAGCAUCCAAGAUGCAGGGAGCCUGGGGAAUGGGCCCUUGAAAGAGCAAAAGUGAAUGUGAAUGAAAAUUUCCUACUUGUGGGGAUUCUGGAGGAAUUGGAGGAUGUGCUGCUUUUACUAGAAAGAUUUUUACCUCAUUAUUUCAAGGAUGUACUCAGUAUCUACAAAAACCCAGAACAUAGGAAACUCGGCAAUCUAACUGUGACAGUGAAAAAGACAGUCCCUUCUCCAGAAUCUCUUCAGAUCCUGUACCAGCGCAUGAGAUAUGAAUAUGAAUUUUACUACUACAUCAAAGAGCAGUUUCAUCUAUUAAAGCGCAAGUUUGGACUACGAUCUUCAAAUAGUAACUCUUCUCCUAGACCAGAAUUUGUCAUUCCUUCUCCUUUGGAAACUGAAGAGCCAGUAACAGAAGAUGAGGAGCAAGAUGAUGAAAAGUGGUUGGAAGAUAUCUAUAGAAGGUGAUGCAAGCAUCACCUUCUCUGCUGGCUGAAGCACCCAGAUUUUUCAUAAACUAUUAAGAAAAAUCCUUAAGGAAGUGGUUACUGCACAACAGCAUUUAAAAGACAUUUUCCCAGGAUGAACUGAUUGUGAGACCUCUUUUUGAGAGGGUCUAUUUCUUUAAAUUUAUAUUUGUUUCCCUUGGCUCCAUAGGAUCAUAGUAGCUAGGACAUACUUUUAAAUGUGCCAUUUCAUUACAAAUUACGGUACAUUGUCACUGUAAAAUAUUGCUGUAUAUGGUACCUAUUUGGCAAAGUGAUGUAGAUCACAGCAUAGGUCAUCUGCAGUUUUCUCAAAACCUGUUUUUCUUUGUUAGCAUUUAUACCGAAUAUUUUACAGUCACAUUUGAUCACUUGGAAUUAAGAGCAGGGUAUUGGAGGUUUGUAUUAUCAUCUGAACAGGGAAUACUGUUGUGCUAAAAGAAGAAAGAAAUGCAUUACCGCUACACUAACUCUGGAUACUAUUUAGGCUAUGUUUUCCCCAUGGAAAUUAAUAAGGGCAUUGUUGACAAACCAAGUAGAAUUGCAGGGGAAAUUAAGCUUAUCUUGUUAAAUGUAUGGGUACACCAAAGUUCAACACCUUUUGAAAUUGAUGAAAGUUAGGAGGGCAGAUGUUUGCAGAAUUUGGUGUUUGUUUCACAGAGGAAGCUAGGCUGCAGGGAAGGCACUUAACUUUACUCCAGAUUUUAGAUGGAGAAAUCCUUCUUAGUGUAUUAUUCCCAGUCCUUUUAUUACACAGAGACCCUAAAGGAGGGGAACACAAAUAGUCAGGCAUCUUUUCAAAAAUGUGGGCUGUUCUAGUUGAAAGAACAUUCGUGCUAUGUCAUAAAUGCAUGAUUCGGUUCCAGCCGAGAGAGAUUCUUGCUGAAGUUAGAAGUCUCUGUUCAAUGUGCCUCAUAUCUUCUGGACGGUUGAAAAUAAGAUAGUACAUAAGACAUUUGGGGUGUAUUCCAUGAUGCAUUUAUUGAAGAGAUACAGAAGAAAGUUUACUGCAUUCCCUACAGAGUGUCUUCCACUCUAACCCCUGACCCCGUUUCACAGUAACAACUGUCCAGGCAUGGGCAGGUUCUCCUUUAACUUAAGGCAGGCAUGGCCAAACUCGGCCCUCCAGAUGUUUUGGGACUACAGUUCCCAUCAUCCCUGACCACUGGCCCUGUUAGCUAGGGAUGAUGGGAGUUGUAGUCCCAAAACAUCUGGAGGGCCAAGUUUGGCCAUGCCUGACUUAAAGCAAAGGAGCAAGGAAUUGCUGUUGUCUUUGUCAUACUCAAAUGUGUGCCGACCAGAGUAGUACAGUCAGCAUCUCUGAUAGGGAGCUGGGAUGAAAAAGGAUGGAACUGGUUUGUUGGUUUACCAGGAGCUCUACUUCUUUUCUAGUGUUUUAUCUCUCAAAUUCCCUUCUCAGAGCUUGUGAGUAUCAACUAAUAUUGUAAAUCACCAUUAUCUAUUGCAUUCUGUUGUUUACUAUACUACUUCUAUCAGGAUUUGAACAAACAUAAUUGUGUUAAGGCUCAAUGACAACAUGGAUGAAUUAUCUUGUUGCUAGUUAUGUCCUAAUUUUGUGGUUCCAAUGCACUACUCUGAAGGAACACAGUGGGAGCAAGAAAUACAGUAAAUAAUAAUUAACCAAGAUGCUGCAUUGUAUAUUUUAAGUGGUUUCUAUGAAAUUACAUUUAAAGAGUAAUGAUUAGUUUACACACUGUGGAUCUCUUUUCUUUUUUAAAAAAGCAAAUUAAUAUUCACAUAUUGGGUUUCUGUUUUAUCUUUUUUUAAAAGAAAAGAUCAGAUUUUAUCCGUGUCUCUAGAGUCCUGGGUCACUUAACAUGUUCACUUUCUCUGCAAUUUCACUGCUGCUUAAAUCUAUUUUUAUCGUUCUAUUUAAUAUUUUUCUUCAUGAAUACUUUGCAAUGUUAAAAAGAACAGGCUGUCGGGUAAUUUACUUGCUAGGUUUCAGUGUUGUAUAUUUUUUGUACAAAACAACUUGGCCUCUACUCCCAGAAAGGUACUUCAUAAAUUUAUUUGGCACAUAAGCUUUUAAGAUUCCUAACACAACAGGUCAUUUAUCUGUCAUGAAAUAGAUUUUAUAAUUUACUUUAAAUGACUUAAAAGCACACUUUAAGUUUGUUAAUCGUUUGACUUAUUUAUUGUGACUUUUCAGCACAUUCCAAAUUCUAAGUUGCUCAGGAAAGGAGUUCAUUUAAAUGAUUUUAUUUUGAUGGUUCUUUCUUUUUCUUUUUAGAAUGAAAUCACUGUUAUAAAGCCUUCAGCCCAUGACACCCUUUUAGGAAGCACCAUACUUGUUUGUUAAUCUCUGUGAGAGAGAAAAGGUCAGUUCAGGGCACAUGUGGAAAAAAACAGAGCAUAUAUGUACAUUAGGUUAGUUGUAAAUGAAAGCAACCAGGGUUUGAAUUAAAUAUUCAUUAACUUAUUCACUGACGUUUUGAUAUUAAACCAUAAGACAUCCAUCUAAACUUUUUAUUUUUAGUCCACUAAUAUUUCCAUUUGGAACCUGUGCUGUUCUUCACAAAACCAGUAAUCCUUCUGUGGGGGUUUUUUUCUGGAUGUAAAGGUUAAAGCAUUUUCCAUUUGAAUCGCCCUAGAAAAGAUUAUUUUAUAAAGCACUGUUUAUUGGUGAAGGCCACACUUACUUUAAGCAAGCUAUUUUGAGAUUACUAUGCUACACCUUGAAUUACUUUGAGGCAAAAGGCACCAAAAGUUAACCUUUUCUAAUUAUAUGAGAAAUACAGUGAAUAUUUGGAACUGCACUGGCAAUGUGCUUUAUUGCUGUUGUGGAAUAAUUUUUAAUGCAUAGUGGUAACAGCUUUGACCCAAGCAUUGCUUUUUACUAGUUAACAUAGACAUGGGUGUGGUGAUAUUUGAUAUCCAGGCUCAAUGCUCCCCUUGUCCACAGUUCUCAGGCAACUUGCUAAACUUUAAAGAAGUGUGUGCGUCAAACCACAAACACACAAGAAAUAACAUGCUGUAAUGGUGGUAAAAUGCCUUUGAAUUCCAAAAUCACAUUAAUAAAUGGUACAUUUUGUGUAAUUUAUUUAUGUUUAUUUUGAAGAGAUACAAUAGCAUUGCAGUUUUCCAAAAUGCAUUCACUUUGUGAACCCAUGAAUGUCCUUGUUUCUUUUAAAGGUACAUCUGAAAUACUUUCGUUUGUAUGAGUGUCUUGAGUGCCACAUGGCUUUUGUGAUGAAUUACAUUAAUUUGUGGUAGAAUUUAAUAACUCAGGCCAGAAAUCAAAACUGUACUCUUUAAAGAUAAACAGGUUCCAACUGAUAAAAGCAGUUAAGACAGGCUUCCAGCAUUUUUUAAAGGAGUAAUACAUAUUCCUUUUUUGCAACGAGAAUCUACAUUGAAUUUAGGCUUGUACUGUUGCCUAUUGCCUACAAAAUUACAUUUGAAAAUAAUUAAAUGCCAUGAAAACUAAUAAAAGCCUGUAAUAUGCAAGGUUGAA